CUUUGCAGAGUAACUUCAUCAAGAACCUUUCUCUUAACGAUGACUAACACGGAUUUGAAGGCUUUGGAGUUGCUUUUCCAACGUCCAUUGGAGCCAGUGUUUACCACUCGUGACCAGGGCAAAACGGUCUUGGAAUUACCCGAUAGUUUCUAUACGGAUCGGUAUCGUAAUGAUGCGGACGAUGUGUCCAAUCGUUUUUCCCAGAAUGUGGAAUUGAAAAUUCCAAUUCAAGAGUUGGCCAGGAAACCGAAUCUCGACUUUGCCAAGAAACUUAGUCUGAAGAAUCAAUUUUCCUUGUUUAAUAGUAAUCAUCAGGAUAUUGCUGGCAAGUUGAUUCAAUUGUUUUUGGAUGCACCCAAUCUAAAGCAAUUCGUUUCACUGGCUGCCUUCACCAAGGAUCGUUUAAAUCCAGUGCUCUUUCAAUAUGCUUAUGCCGUGGCUAUAGCUCAUCGUGAGGAUACUCGAGAGGUGCCAAUUACCAAUAUUUCGCAAGUGUUUCCGGGUAAUUUCGUAGAGCCAUCGGCUCUGAAGGAUGCUCGUCAGGAGGCCUCAGUUAUUGCUGAUACUGGAAAUCGUGUUCACGUGGAUAUUCCACGUAAUUAUACGGCCUCCGAUCGUGAGGAUGAGCAACGUUUGGCCUAUUUCCGUGAGGAUAUUGGCGUGAAUAGCCAUCAUUGGCACUGGCAUUUGGUAUAUCCCGCCUCAGGCCCUGUGGCAGUGGUCAACAAGGAUCGUCGUGGUGAAUUGUUCUACUAUAUGCAUCAUCAGAUAUUGGCUCGCUAUAAUACGGAACGUUUCUGCAAUAAUCUUAAACGUGUCCAGCCGCUAAGCAAUCUGCGUGGCGAAAUUCCCGAAGGUUAUUUCCCUAAGAUUCUCUCAAGUGUGAAUAAUCGGACAUAUCCAUCUCGUAUUUCGAAUCAAUUAUUGCGGGAUGUGGAUCGUCCGGAUGCUAGCAUUGAGAUUGCAGAAGUUGAACGUUGGCGUGAUCGUGUCUUGGCUUCCAUUGAUCAAGGAUUUGUGGAGAAUUCGUCGGGUCAACGCAUACCCCUCGAUGAGGUCACUGGCAUUGAUAUUUUGGGUAAUCUAAUUGAGGCCUCAUCCACGUUGUCGAUAAACAGUCAGUACUAUGGCAAUUUGCACAAUCAGGGCCAUACGAUCAUCUCGUUUGCUCAUGAUCCCGAUUUUCGCCAUUUGGAGGAGUUUGGCGUAAUGGGCGAUGUUACCACUGCUAUGCGUGAUCCGGUCUUCUACAGAUGGCACACUUUCGUCGAUAACAUCUUCAAUAAGUUUAAAACUUUGCUAGAUCCGUAUAAUGCCAGUCAAUUGGGAUUCGAUGGCGUCAGUGUGGAUUAUGUUGAAGCUAAGCUUGGUGCAUCCAAUGCCCAGGCAAAUACUCUUUUGACCUACUGGCAAAAAUCCAGUGCGGAUUUGGCUGCUGGCUUGGAUUUCGGUCCAUCUGCUGAUGGCAACAUCUUUGCCUCAUUCACCCACUUGCAGAAUGCUCCAUUUACCUAUACCUUCAAUGUCACCAAUAAUGGACCAAAGAGGACUGGAACUUGCCGUAUUUUCAUUUGCCCCAAGGUAGAUGAACGUAACCAACCCCUGAGACUGGAGGAGCAGCGUCUUUUGGCCAUUGAGAUGGACAAGUUUACUUGCGAAUUGCUACCCGGUGAGAAUACCAUCCGACGUGAGUCUAGCGAUUCCUCUGUGGCCAUUCCAUUCGAACGCUCUUUCCGUCCCAUUGGCGCUGCCUAUCAGCCAAAGGGAGCCGAUGAAUUGGCCCGUUUCCGUUUCUGCGGCUGUGGCUGGCCACAGCAUCUCCUUUUGCCCAAGGGUAAACCUCAAGGCAUGCUAUUCGAUUUGUUUGUCAUGAUUUCCGACUACUCCCAAGAUGCUGUCCAGCAACCAACUAACACUCCCAACGAUGCCUGCAGCACUGCCUAUUCCUUCUGUGGCCUCAAGGAUAAACUGUAUCCCGAUAAACGCACCAUGGGCUUCCCCUUCGACAGACGUUUGCCAAAUGCAAGUCUAGCCGAACUGACUGGUGCCUUCUCGAAUAUGGCCAAGACCGAUUUGAAGAUUGUAUUCAGCGAUCGCAUAGUUGACAAGGCUUAAAAAAUUAAGAAAAUUACAUAAAAAUCUUGAUGACCAAUGAAUUCCGUAAACCCAUAAUUCUGUACAUCUAUUAAUACCACUUUUUAUUUACCAUUUUACAAAAUAUAACUGAA